AAGUCCAUACAAUCUAAAACCGAUGUGUCGCGACAGUCCAACUGUACUGGCCAAGUGUGAACAGGGCGUAACCAAACCAAACCUAAUGUCAAAAAGCGGCGGCGUCUUUUUGUUAUAGGUUAUAAUUUGAAAUCGUAGAAAAACUAUCACCAAAAAUGGCGGCGGCUAUGCCCAUCAACCCUAAACCUUUCCUAAACAGCCUAACUGGUAAGGCUGUUCUUGUAAAAUUAAAGUGGGGCCAUGAAUAUAAAGGAUUAUUGGUGUCUGCAGAUGGUUACAUGAAUUUGCAACUCGCCAAUACUGAAGAAAUUGUUGAUGGAAAUUGUACAGGUAACCUUGGCGAAGUUCUGAUCAGAUGUAACAAUGUGCUUUAUGUACGAGGUGCGGAGGAGGAAGACGAAGAAGGGGAGAUGAAAGAAUGAUGCUAGCUCAUACAAAUCUUAGAAUAACUCUAGUUGUAAGUUUGUACUAUUUGAAUAAACAUAAGGUUUAUGUAAGA